UCGCGAGGAGUCGCGGCUGGUCGGCGGCUCGCCGUCAACAAUCCAAAUACAAAAUCUCCCAGCUCCCGCAGAAACCCUAACCCUAGAUCCCCCACCAUGGAUCUCCUCCAGUCCUCGUACGCGCCGGACGACGCCUCCUCGCCGGAGGAGUCGGCGGCCGCUUCCUCGCCGGACUCCUCCCCGCUCCGCCUCCCCUCCAAGUCCGCCGCCCCCGCCGUCGACGACACCGCGCUCGCGCUCUCCGCCGCCGCCUCCGCCUCCCGCCCGCUCGACCCCUCGCUCCAUCUCGUCGCCUUCAACCCCACCGCCGACCAGCUCUGGGCGCCCAUCGUCGGGCCCCAGCACCCCCACGCCCCCAUCUCCUCCGCCUCCGGCAACCGCAACCACAAGCUCGGCCACGUCGAGGACGCCGCGGUGCUGCCCUUCCUCUUCGACGAGCAGUACAACACCUUCCACAGGUUCGGCUACGCCGCCGAUCCCUCCGGCCUCCACAUCGUUGGCGACGCGCAGCCGCAGGCGCCCGAGCCCGACACCGUCUACAACCUCGCCCCCUCCGAGCACAAGCGCCGCCGCCUCCUGGCCAAGGCGGACAACCAGGACGAGACGCUGCCCCCCGAGGCCAAAAACCCCGCAUCCGAGGAGUGGAUCCUCCACAACAAGCAGAGCCCCUGGGCGGGCAAGAAGGAAGCGCCGCCCGCUGAGCUCACCGAGGAGCAGAAGCAGUAUGCCGAGGCCCACGCAGCCAAGAAGGCCGAGAAGGAGGCUCGCGGCGAAGGGAAGGGCGAGAGGGCAGAGGUCGUGGUCAAGAGCACCUUCCACGGGAAGGAGGAGAGAGACUACCAGGGACGGUCCUGGAUCACGCCGCCCAAGGAUGCCAAGGCCACCAACGACCACUGCUACAUUCCCAAGAGGUGUGUGUAUGAGUGGGUUGGGCACACCAAGGGGGUUUCAGCCAUCAGAUUCUUCCCCAAGUAUGGGCAUCUGCUACUAUCUGCGAGUAUGGAUUGUAAGAUUAAGAUCUGGGACGUGCUCGGGUCGCGGACAUGUAUGCGCACAUAUAUGGGUCACUCAAAGGCCGUAAGGGAUAUAUCCUUCUCCAAUGAUGGGACCAAAUUCUUGAGUGCUGGGUAUGACAGGAAUAUACAGUACUGGGAUACUGAGACAGGGCAGGUGAUCUCGACCUUCUCAACUGGGAAGGUCCCAUAUGUUGUGAAGCUGAAUCCUGAUGAGGAUAAACAGCAUAUUCUCCUUGCUGGAAUGAGCGACAAGAAGAUUGUGCAAUGGGAUAUGAAAUCAGGGCAGAUCACGCAAGAGUAUGAUCAGCAUUUAGGGGCUGUGAACACCAUAACUUUUGUCGAUAACAACAGGAGGUUUGUGACGUCAAGUGAUGACAAAUCUCUUCGUGUCUGGGAGUUUGGCAUCCCUGUGGUGAUCAAGUAUAUAAGUGAGGCGCACAUGCACUCAAUGCCAUCAAUUGCCCUGCACCCAAACUCCAACUGGCUGGCAGCACAGAGCUUGGACAAUCAAAUACUGAUAUACAGCACCAAGGAGAGGUUCCAGCUCAAUAAGAAGAAGCAAUUUGCUGGCCACAUUGUAGCAGGUUAUGCUUGUCAGGUGAACUUCUCACCUGAUGGGAGAUUUGUGAUGUCAGGUGAUGGUGAAGGUAGUUGCUGGUUCUGGGAUUGGAAAAGCUGCAGGAGGUUUAAGACAUUGAAGUGCCACAAUGGGGUUUGCAUUGGAUGCGAGUGGCAUCCGUUGGAAACUAGCAAGGUUGCGACAUGCGGAUGGGAUGGUGUAAUUAAAUACUGGGAUUGAGCUGGGACAGGGACCGCUUGAGAUGCUCGAAGUUCACAACAGUGCAAUCCUCAAGGGCUAAUCUUCAUGGUAUACUGUAAGUUGACAUGUGGGAUGGAGCAAAAAAAAAGAAAUGCCACACAUUUCAGCCACCGGCUAGUUCUUUUUGCCCUUGCAAGGAUGUGAUGUAUCAUACAUGUGGCAGCAACUCGAUUUUUUGAACUGUACCUUGGCCGCCAGUAACUUGUGUUGUUUUCAGUUUCCGUUCAUCUUGUUGAAUCCUACUUUUUUGUAGUCCCUGAGCUGAGAAGCAGGCUUGUAUACUAAAGAGUAUUAAUACACUUGGGGUGGUGUCCCCCUCUUGCUUGCGCAGUUUCUUGUGCUGUGUUCAUAAAAUGCUUUGGACUGAAUAGACUUGGUAGA